GUUCCGUGGUCCGUGGGUCGCAGGCGCACCGCGCCGCCGGUUUUCGCGUCAAAAGUCUGCGAUCGCUUUGAACAUAGCGGGGGUUGCCGUCAACCGCGCUGCGGGGAGGAGAGGGAUCGAACCGUCCGAGGCGAACGCGUCGAUCCUCUCCCGCCCGUGCUGUUAGGCCCCUUCUUCCCAGUGGAGGCGCAGGGCGAGCCUCGCCACCGGGGAGACCCGAAGGGAGACCCGAGGGGAGACCCCACACCGACGCUAUAACGAGUCCCGCCAGGGCCUGAGCCCCUCCACCAUCCAGGAUGGGGGUGGCCGACGACUUCGCGCCGAGCUUCACGCAGAAGCCACAGCUGCGCCAGGAAGAUGACGGCAACCGCCUCGUCUUCGAGUGCCAGCUGCUGUCCUCCCCGAAGCCGGACAUCACAUGGUUCCGGGGGGACACGCAGCUGUCCGAGGACGGGCGGACGGUCAUGAAGACCGUGCCCACCGGCUCCAACAAAUUCACCGUGGUCCUCGAGCUGGAUGACGUCAUCGAGUCGGACGCCGGCCUGUACAAGGUCAAGGCCAAAAACAAGAUGGGAGAAGUUGCUGCUUCCAUCAACCUCAAUUUCAGCCCUGCGGAUGAGCCUCGAGAAAAGCAAGUGGAUGGGAUCGCUCCGACUUUUGCGAAAAAGCCGGCGAUUCGGCAGGAGGAUGACGGGAAACGCCUCCUGUUCGAAUGCCGGAUCAACGCCGACCCAGAACCGACCGUCAGCUGGUCCAAGAACAACACUCCCGUCACGGCUGGCCCCAGACAUAAGCUGACGGUCGACAAGGAUGGGCACUCCUACUUCGCCACGCUUGAAAUUAAGAAUGUCACUGUUGAAGACGCUGGCAAAUACAAAGUGACAGCUAAGAACGAGCUUGGCGAAAGUAAUGCUACCAUCAGUCUCAAUUUCGACAGCGACGAGGCCCCGGUCCCGGAAGACGGCAUCAAGCCCACCUUCACAGAGCGGCCCGUCAUCAAGCAGACGGAGGACGGCAACAGUGUCAUCAUCGAGUGCAGACUAGUCGGCGAGCCCAAGCCCCAAGUACAAUGGUUCCAAUCUGGCAAGGAACUGACCGAGGGCGGCCGGCUGUCGAUGUCACUGGAGGUGGACGAGGUCUUGUACUACAUGGCCCGGCUCGAGAUCAGCGGUGUGGCGACCACGGACGCCGGCGAGUACAAGGCAGUGGCCAAGAACACUCAUGGCUCCUGCCAGGCUACCAUCAAUCUCAACUUCGACUCUUCAAGCGACAAACCGAAAAUUCCCGACGGGAAGGCUCCGCGAUUCCCGAAGAAACCGACUAUUCGCCAGGAAGGAGAGGUGCUCAUCAUGGAGUGCGUCUUAGAAGGCAACCCUGCCCCCGAGAUUACCUGGUUUCAGGGCCAAAAGGUCAUUGCAGAUACUAACAGGGUGCGCCUCAUGCGCAAAUCUUGUGGAAAAGACACUUACCUCCUCACGUUGGAGAUAUCGAGUCCAACGAGAGAGGACGGCGGAAACUACAGGUGUAAUGCCUUCAACAUUUAUGGCGAGAGCAAUGCCAAUAUUGCACUCAACUUCCAAGGCGGAGAUGAUGCAGGUUUUGCCCCAUCAUUCGUCGAGAAACCUAAAAUCAUUCCAAACGAGACCGGCACUCUUAUUACAAUGAAGUGUAAGUGCAAAGCGAAACCGAAACCGGACGUUACAUGGUUCAGAGGCACUACAGUUGUGAAAGAGACGUCGAAAAUUAAAAUAAAGAGUGUCGAAGCUGGUGAGGACACAUACGAACUUUCACUCGAAAUCAAGGACCCUUCAGGGCCCGACGGUGGCACAUACAGGUGUCACGUUAAGAAUGAGUUUGGUGAAAGUAAUGCAAAUUUGAAUCUCAACAUCGAGGCGGAGCCUGAGCCCGAGGGCGACGGACCAACAUUCGUUGACAAACCACGCAUCGUUUCGGAACAGAACGGGAAGCUUGUAAUCAUGGAUUGUCGCGUGAAGGCCGACCCCAAGCCGACAAUCGUGUGGACUCGUGACGGCAAGGAGGUGAAAGAAAGUUCAAAGAUCACCAUGAAAGUGGAGGCCAAGGGUGACGUGUAUUACAUCAGACUGGAACUAAAGGACCCGCAACUGGAAGACUCAGGACUGUACAAAUGCAACAUUAAAAACAGCUUAGGAGAACUUAAUGCCAAUUUAACGCUUAAUAUUGAAAUUAUCCCUGUUAUUAGGCAACAACCAAAGAUCAUCAAGGUCGUGAAAAAGAAAACGGUUAUUGUAGAGUGCCACGUACAGUCCAAGUUUGCUCCUCAGUGCACUUGGUUCAAGGAAAAGACUGCCGUGAAAGAAGAUUCCCGGCACACUGUCCACGUUACACAGGUCAAGGAAGGCGAGUUCUCGGUCAAGCUGGAAAUCGAGAACGUCAAGGAAACGGACAAGGGAUCUUACAAACUUGUCGCUAAGAACGAGAAGGGCGAGACUGCGUCGCAGACUGUGGAGCUAACUGAUAUUCCUAAAGACGAGGAAGAAAAGCCAAAGCCUCAAGGGGACAAGCCCAAAAUCAGCAAGGGGCUGAAAUCCCAGACUGUUGAUGAAACAAAGUCGGCGGAGUUCUCGGUUAAGCUCAUCAAGACAGAAAUGAAGGCAACUGUAGUAUGGUACAAAAACAACACGGUCAUCAAGGAGCGGGAAAUGCACCAGUCUUUCGAUGGCACCACAGCCACUUUGCAGAUUUCAAGCUGCAAGGUGGAUCAUGCUGCCACCUACAAGGUGGUCAUUACCAAUGAAUUUGGUAGUGACGAUUCUGAGGCGGACCUCAAAGUAACAGAAAAGAAGAAACCGCCAGAAAAGAAAGAGGAAGAAAAGAAGAAGGAAGAAGAGAAAAAAGUGGAAGAAAAAAAGGUGGAGGAAAAGAAGGUGGAAGAGAAAAAGGUCGAAGAAAAGAAGGUUGAGGAAAAGAAAAUUGAGGAAAAGAAGAUAGAAGAGAAGAAAAAGGUUGAGGAAAAGAAGGUGGAGGAGAAAAAGAAAAUUGAGGAGAAGAAGGUUGAAGAGAAAAAGAUUGACAACCAGGUGGACAAAGUUAACGAUUUGCGGCAAAGAAACGAAGACGAUGAAAAGGAGACCGUUAAACGGACGUCGUUGAAGAAACCGGAAGAGAAAAAAGACGACAAGGAAACCACCCCACCUGCUAAGCUGUUUUCAAAGUCACUUUUGAAACACGUGACUCCGAAGAAACAGCCAAUCAAGUAUGAAAGCUUCCUCGACGUUACGUUGAAACCGGUCGAGCGUACAACAGCUGAGAAGAUAAUAGCGGCAAAGAAAGCUGAAGAGGAAGAGCAGCUCCGACUGGCAGCAUCUUCCUUGAGCCGAAAGUCGUCCCUUUCAUUGGACACUUUCGUAAAGCCUAGCACGGGGGAGACCAAUGGAUCGUCACCAACAUCUCCACAGUCGUCAGCGCCUCCCUCCAGAUCAGGAUCCAUCAAAGAGCCUCAAUCCACAGAAGAAAAGAAGACUCCGCUCAAGCGCCGUCCAAUUCAAAAGCCAGAAGAAAAGCAGGACAGUUUUCUUAACGUGCAGCUUAAACCCCUAAGCAAAGAAGAGAAAGAAAAGAGAGAGAAGGCCAGGCUAGAAAAAGCAGAGGCGCUUAAGCUUAAAAAUGGAACGGAUGCGAGGAAGUCAUCUUUGAGUGUAGAGGAACCAAAGAAACUUGGCGAACGAAGACUCUCCACGAAAAAAGUCGAGGAGGAUGUCGAAACGAAACGCAAAGCGUCGAUUAUUAAAACCGAGGAAAAGGUUUCUCAGCAAGUUGGAAAGGCACCCGUUACAGAACGAAGGGAAUCCGUUAAGAUCCAGGAGGAAACCUCGGAUGCUCGACGAAAAUCUUCAGUAUUUGAUAAGACUGAACCGGAGAAGAAAUCUUCGGCAGAAGCAAAGGUCCCCUCCGACUUACCCGAGCCAGAGGCGGAAAAGAACGCUCCAUUAAGAAAAGCUGGACUUAAGCCUGAACCACCAAAGAAGGAGGAAACAAAACCAACACUGAAACCUACACCAGUACAGAAGCCAGAAGAUGACAAGCAAAUAGAAAGUGUCAAAGAACAACCUGCCGCAACCGCAGCAACCGAUCGACCGGUCCGCAAAAAGUACGAUCCAAUGGCGUUCAUUCCGGACGUAGCGAUUGAGGAGCCACAGGCUUCAGAAGUUUCUACAGUAACCCCUAAAAUAGAUACAAAUAAAACUCAUGAAAGGAAAAAGUACGAUCCUAUGGCAUACAUACCGGAUCCAGAUCCUCUAGAGGUUUCCGACGACCAGCCCAUUGUUAGUAAUCCAGCAACCAGCACAGCGUCUAGUGGAAUGGCUCCUACCACGACUAUUCCGAAACCAGUUCAGACAAAAGUGACUGUUCCUAACGCUAGUGUGCCAAAGGUCACUGUGCCGUUACCGAAGGAUGAAAAGAAGCCGCUCGUCAACAACAAAGCCCCCGUGAUGGAGCGUGUUAGUAGCGUGGAAAGUGCAGCCAGCUCAGAAGAGGAAGACACCUUUGACGAACGUAGGCUGAAGCCUGUGGAGCAGCCCAGGGUUCCAGCAAUACCUAUAAUUAUUGUGGAGGCUGAUCCGCCCACCUCAAAUCACAUUACCAUGGCUGAAAUUAAAAAACCUACGUUAAAUCUUGGGAAAGCCCCCGGGACUAAACGAGAAGGGCCUCCUUGGAAGCGCGCCAAAAUUCCGGAAAUCAUUGCUCCGGAAGACUCUGGGAGCCGGAAGAGCUCGCUGAUUCCUGGCUCCGCUGGAUCAAGUCGCAGAGGAUCCCUUAUUCCUCCCGAGGAAAUGGGAAGGCGGCCGUCACUUAUCAUAAGCGAUGAGGUUGGAAAAUUGCGGCCUGGUGAGGUAUUAGAUGCUAAGCGGAGGCGCCCCAGUACCGACAUGCGGCGUCCGAGUGUUGCGGAUCUUGAUGACCUUAUUAACAAGGCAUCAACACCGCUCAAAGCAACCGGUGAACCUGGCCCACCUGUCAUCGUCGAUGUUCAGGAAAGCUACUCGGCGGUUGAAGAUCAAACUGGGUAUAUGACUGUACAAGUGGAAGGCAACCCAGCACCAACAUUUAAGUUCUACAAGCCUGAACCUAUUAUGGGCAUGACUGAAAUUAUUGAAGGAGGCCGCUUUAAGUUUAUAACUGACGGAAACUCAAAUACCAUCACACUUUGCAUGCGGAAAGUCAAACCCAACGAUGAAGGCAAAUACAAAAUUGUGGUCAGCAAUUGCCAUGGGGAAGACUCCGCUGAAAUGCAACUUUACGUUUCCGAUGCAAGUGGAAUGGAUUUCCGUGCCAUGUUGAAAAAACGCAAGUAUGCUAAGUGGGGACAAGAUAAGGAGGAUCCGGACUGGGGUGACUUAAAGGAGGUCGAAAAACCAGUACCCGCUUUGAAAAAAGUGGAGAAGAAACCAGAGUCCUUCCUAAAGCCACUUGUAGACCAGUAUGCUAAGGAGGGCAAGGACAAAAAGGUCCAAUUCGAAGCUAUUUUUUCGAAACCGAAUUGCAAACCCAAGUGGUUUUUGCGCAAAGAUGAACUUUUCCCAGGUAGCAAGUAUAAAAUUAAAAAUGAGAACGACACAUACCAGCUUAUUAUCAUGGCUCCAAAGGUAGAAGAUGCUGGAAAAUACACUAUCGAGAUUGCGGGCGUCAGCAGCUUUGCAUUCUUGAAUGUCGAUGAACCUGCUCCGUCCUACCACUUUAUCAAGCCACUCGUAAAAACAGUUGAGGGCUACACCAAACACGAAGUUAUUUUGGAGUGUGGUGUUAACAACAGUAUGGCCAAGGUCAUCUGGAAAAAGGGCGACAAGAAGCUAGAGGAUGGCGAUAUUUACGAGAUCACCAAGGAUAUGCAAGGAAAUUGUCGCCUUGUUAUCAAAUCUGCUGUCUUGGAGGACAGUGGAGAAUACACCUGCAAGAUUGAAAAGCAGGAUGAAAAGACCAUCACAGAAGUCAAAAUUUCUGAAUACCCAUACAAAUUCGUCAAGGUUCUUAAACACCAGCAGCUCACUGAGAAGGACACCAUCACUCUUCUCUGCGAACUUGACGACGCUACAGGCGACGUACAGUGGUUCAAAAAUGGCGAAGAAGUCAAGCCUGACAAAAGGAUUACCAUCACUCAAGAUGGCCGAAAGCGGAAGAUGGUCAUCAAGGAUGCCAAGGUCACCGACAGCGGCAUGUACAAAUGCACGACCAACGCAGACCAAACGGAAGCGGAAAUACAAGUUCAAUACAUGAACCGCUUCAACAAGAAACUCAAAGAUACUACAGGUAUUGAACGUGAAAAGGUGAUCCUGGAUGUUGAGCUCCAGGAUCAGACAGCCCCCGCCGAAUGGAAGUUCAACGGCAAGCCAAUCGUGCCAGAUGAGAGGGUCGAAAUCAAGAAUCUGGGUGGUGGAAAGCAUCAACUGGUCUUCAACAGAGUGGAGAUGUCAGACGAAGGUGAAAUCACCUGCGAGUCGGGUGUUUUGAGCUCCUCGUGCCAGCUCUCAGUGAAGAAGGGCGAAGGCAAGCCCAUCCCUGACUUCCCCGAUGAGGUAGAGGGCCCCUGCAACAAGCCCAUCAUCUUCGACAUUCCGUUCAAGAUCGACGGCACCCGGCAGUCGCCCAUCGAGGCCAAGCUCAUGAAGGACGGCAAGGCGCUGCCCCUCAAGGACGUGGAGAUCAUCGUCAUGGACGAGAAGGUGGUCUUCAAGGUGAAGAAGCCCGCUCGCGAGCUCAGCGGCCCGUACCAAAUCCGCAUUGGCAACAAGCAGGGCGAGGCCGUCAAGGAUCUCAAGAUCAACAUGCAGGACGUACCUUCACCUCCCGAGGACGUGGAUGUGACGGAGGUGUUUGCUUCGUCGUGCAUCGUGGCUUGGAAGCCCGGUAAGGACGAUGGCGGCGCCCCGCUGCUCAAGUACGUCGUGGAGCGCCAGGACCUGAGCGUCAAGGGAGGCUGGGACAACGUGGGCGAGGUCAAGCCCGGCGCGCCCACCGUCUUCAAAUGCGAGGACCUGACCCCCAAGCGGGAGUACAAGUUCAGGAUCCGCGCGGUCAACAAGAUCGGCUCGUCCGAGCCCGCGACCUUCGCCAAGCCCAUCCUGGCCAAGGACCCAUGGGACGAACCCGGCAAGCCCAACAACGUGGAGGUGGUGGACUGGGACAAGGACCACGCCGACCUCAAGUGGGACAAGCCCCUGAACGACGGUGGCGCCCCCAUCACGGGCUACGUCAUCGAGUUCAAGGAGAAGUUCGGCAAGGACUGGGUGACCGGCAAGGAGAUCGCCGGCGACGUGACGGCCGCCACCAUCGACGGCCUCAAGGAGGGCACCCAGUACGAGUUCCGCAUCCGCGCCGUCAACAAGGCGGGCCCCGGCGAGCCCAGCGACGCCACCAAGCCCAUCAUCGCCAAGUGCCGCUUCGUCAAACCCUUCAUCAUCGGCAACGACCUCGUCAACCUGGUGGUCAAGAAGGGCCAGACGAUCAAGUACGAUAUCAAGUACGGCGGCGAGCCCGAGCCUGAGGUCCGCUGGGUGCUGAACAACACCGACAUCAAGGAGGACAAGGAGGAGAGGAUCACCAUCGACAAGUACGAGCGCAACACGGUGCUGACGGUGCGGCGCGCCGUCCGCUUCGACAGCGGCAAGUACAAGCUGGUGCUCAAGAACAGCUCCGGCACGGUGGAGGGCACCGCGGACGUGGUGGUGCUCGACAAGCCCACGCCGCCGGGCGGCCCGCUCAAGGUGGAGGACGUCCGCGCGCAGCACGCCACCGUCAAGUGGAAGAAGCCCGAGGACAACGGUGGCAGCGACAUCACCGGCUACGUCAUCGAGAAGAUGGACAUGGACACGGGCCGCUGGGUGCCCGCCGGUGAGGUCGGCCCGGACGCCGACUCGUUCAAGGUGACGGGCCUCACGCCCAAGAAGAAGUACAAGCUCCGCGUCAAGGCCGUCAACAAGGAGGGCGAGUCCGAGCCGCUCGAGACCACCGACAGCUUCAUCGCCAAGAACCCUUACGACGAGCCGGGCAAGCCGGGCAAGCCCGAGAUCUACGACUGGGACAACAAGAGCGUGACGCUGCGCUGGGCCAAGCCCCAGAGCGACGGCGGCCGCCCCAUCACGCACUACACCAUCGAGAUGAAGGACAAGCACUCCAACGACUGGGUGGAGGUCACCAAGACGGAGAACGACAACUGCGAGGGCGUCGUGGAGGGCCUCAAGGAGAAGCAGGUGUACCAGUUCCGCGUGCGCGCGCACAACAAGUCUGGCGGCGGCGAGCCGUCCGACGCCACCGACAACCACGUCUGCAAGCAUCGCAACCUGAAGCCCAUGAUCGAGCGCUCCAUGCUGAAGAGCGUGACGAUCAAGGCGGGCCGCACGCACAAGUGGAGCGUGGACGUGACCGGCGAGCCGCCGCCAACCCUGUCGUGGGUGUGGCGCGACAACAUCCCGCUGGUCAACACGGAGCGCAUCAAGAUCGACAACAUCGACUACCACACCGACUUCUGCAUCACCAACGCCACGCGCCGCGACACCGGCAAAUACACGCUCAUCGCCGAGAACGCCUCGGGCAAGGACCAGGAGACCGUCGAGCUCACCGUGCUCAGCAAGCCCGGUUCACCGAUGGGUCCGCUCGAGGCGACCAACGUGCACAAGGAGGGCCUGAAGCUGCACUGGCAGCCGCCGGAAGACGACGGCGGCUCGCCCGUCCUGCAGUACGAGGUGGAGAAGAUGGACACGGCCACGGGCAAGUGGGUGCGCGUCGGCAAGGUGCCCGGCGACCGCGACAAGCCCGAGCUGGAGGUGACUGGCCUGGAGCCCGGCCACGAGUACAAGUUCCGCGUGACCGCCACCAACGCCGAGGGCGACUCGGAGCCGCUGCUCACCGACAAGGCCAUCAUCGCCAAGAACCCCUUCGACGAGCCCACCAAGCCCGGCACGCCCGAGAUCGUGGACUACGACAACGAGAGCGUGGACCUCAAGUGGGCCAAGCCGGACAGCGACGGUGGCUCCCCCAUCCAGAAGUACAUCGUCCAGAAGAAGGACCGCUUCAAGCCGGACUGGGAGGACGCGUGCGAGGUGGCCGGCGACAAGCUGGAGGCCAAGGUGGAAGGCCUCAAGGAGCGCGCCGAGUUCCAGUUCCGCGUGGUGGCCGUCAACAAGGCGGGCAAGUCGCCGCCCUCCGACGCCACCAAGAUGCACACCGUCAAGCACCGUGCACUGAAGCCGCGCAUCGACAGGACCAACCUGAAGCCGAUCGUGGUGCGCGCCGGCAAGCCCAUCAACUACGACGUGAACGUGCGGGGCGAGCCGCCGCCAACCAUCACCUGGUACCAGGCCGACAAGCUGCUCAAGUCCGAGAACAACGUGGAGAUCGUCAACGUGGACUACAACACCAAGCUCAACAUCAAGGACUCGAUCCGCAAGAACACGGGCCUGUACAAGAUCGUGGCCGAGAACCAACACGGCAAGGACGAGGAGACCGUGGAGAUCACCGUGCUCUCCGCGCCUUCCAAGCCCAAGGGCCCGCUCAAGGUGUCGGACGUGACCAAGAACUCGGCCAAGCUCAAAUGGGAGAAGCCCGAGGACGACGGCGGCAAGCCCAUCACGGGCUACGCGGUGGAGAAGCUGGACACCGCCACCGGCCGCUGGGUGCCCAUCGGCCGCACGGACGAGCCCGAGUUCGAGGUUAAGGGCCUGCAGGAGGGCCACGACUACCAGUUCCGCGUCAAGGCCAUCAACGAGGAGGGCGAGUCCGAGCCGCUGGAGACGGACAAGGCCACCACGGCCAAGAACCCCUUCGACGCCCCCGGCAAGCCGGGCACGCCGUCGCUGGAGGACUGGGACGUGGACCACGUGGACCUCAAGUGGGACGCCCCCAAGUCCGACGGCGGCGCCGCCAUCACGGGCUACAUCAUCGAGAAGAAGGAGAAGUUCAGCGCCGGCUGGGACGAAGUCCUUGCCACGCACAGCCCGGAGCGGACGGCCAAGGUUCCCGGCCUCAAGGAGGGGCAGACCUACCAGUUCCGCGUCCGCGCCGUAAACAAGGCUGGCCCCGGCGAGCCCAGCGAGCCCACCAAGCCGAUCAUCGCCAAGGCCAGGAACCUCAAGCCCUGGAUCAACCGCGACAAGCUGCAGAAGGUGCGCGUGCGCGCCGGCCAGGCCGUGCGCUUCGACGUGGACGUCAAGGGCGAGCCCGCGCCCAUCACGUCCUGGUCCAAGGACGGCAAGCCGCUGACGGGCGUCGGCGUCAAGAUCGAGAACGAGGAGUACAACACCAAGCUGGCCUUGACGGAGACCACGCGCGCCGACACGGGCAUCUACACGCUCAAGGCGGAGAACGCCAACGGCGUGGACGAGGCCACCGUCGAGGUGGAGAUCCUGGACAAGCCCAGCAAGCCGGAAGGCCCGCUGGAGGUCCUGGAGGUGCACAAGGAGGGAUGCACGCUCAAGUGGGACAAGCCCAAGGACCUCGGCGGCCUGCCGCUCACGGGCUACACCCUGGAGAAGAUGGACGUGACCACCGGCAGGUGGACACCGGCCGGCUUCUGCGACCCCGAGAAGACGGAGCACGAGGUCAAGGGCCUGGAGCCCGGCAAGAAGUACCAGUUCCGCGUCAAGGCCGUCAACGACGAGGGCGAGUCCGACCCUCUGGAGACAGACCACGCCAUCCUGGCCAAGGACCCCUUCGACGCCCCCGGUGCCCCCGGGCUGCCGGAGAUCGUCGACUGGGACGAGAACUCCGUCAAGCUGGAGUGGCAGCCGCCGGCGCGCGACGGUGGCGCCCCCAUCGUGGGCUACGUGGUGGAGAUGCGCGACAAGUACAGCCCCAACUUCGUCAAGUGCGCCGAGGUGCACGGGCCCAACUGCAAGGCCACCGUGCCCAAGCUGGAAGAGGGCAACCAGUACCAGUUCCGCGUGCGCGCCAUCAACCGCGCCGGCCCCGGCGAACCCAGCGAGGAGACCAAGAUGCACACCGCCAAGGCGCGACACCUCAAGCCGCACAUUGAUCGCACCAACCUGAACCCGGUGGUGAUCAAGGUCGGGCACACGCUGUCCCUGGACAUCAAGGUGACGGGCGAGCCGCCACCAGUGGUGACCUGGACCCUCAAGGACAAGGAGAUCAAGACCGAGGACCAGUACCGCAUCGACAACAUCGACUACAACACCAAGUUCUGCAUCCUCAAGACGAAGCGCAUUCACAGUGGUGUGUACAAGAUCACGGCCAAGAACGACAGCGGCGAGGACACCGCGGAGCUGGAGAUCACCGUCCUGGGCAAGCCAGGCAAGCCCAAGGGCCCGCUGGAGGUGUCGGACGUGACCAAGAACUCGGCCAAGCUUAAGUGGGAGAAGCCCGAGGACGACGGCGGCACCCCGGUCGAGUACUACGAGAUCGAGAAGCUGGACCCGCUGACGGGCCACUGGGUGCCGUGCGGUCGCUCCACUGAGCCCGAGGCCACCGUCACCGGCCUGCAGGAGGGCAAGCCGUACAAGUUCCGCGUCCGCGCCGUCAACAAGGAGGGCGAGUCGGAGGAGCUGGAGACGGAGAAAAGCAUCAUCGCAAAGAAUCCGUUCGACGAGCCCGGCAAGCCCGGCCGCCCCGAGGCCAAGGACUGGGACAAGGACUUCGUGGAGCUGCAAUGGACGCCGCCCAGGGACGACGGCGGCGCCCCCAUCGAGAAGUACAUCAUCCAGAUGCGCGACAAGGAGGGCCGCAACUGGGUGGACGCGGCGACGGUGCCCGGCGUCAAGACGCAGGGCCGCGUGGAGAACGGCAUCGAGCCGGGCCACGAGUACGAGUUCCGCAUCGUGGCCGUCAACAAGGCCGGCCCCAGCGAGCCCAGCGACGCCUCCAAGUCCGUCAUCGCCAAGCCGCGCAAACUGAAGCCGCACAUCGACCGCAAGAACCUGCUCAAGAAGACCAUCCGCGUGGGCCAGCUGCUGCGCGUCGAAGCCGACGUGACCGGCGAGCCUGCGCCCGCCAUCACCUGGACGCUGCAGGGCGCCGUGCUCACGUCCAACGAGCGGCUCAAGAUCGAGAACGAGGACUACAAGACCACCUUCAUCCUGACCAAGGCCAAGCGCGCCGACUCGGCCGUGUACACCGUCACGGCCAAGAACGCGCACGGCGAGGACAAGGUGGAGAUGGAGGUGCUGGUGCUGAGCAAGCCGUCCAAGCCCAAGGGCCCGCUCGAGGUGUCCGACGUGACCGCCGAGGGCGUGCACCUCAAGUGGGACAAGCCCGAGGACGACGGCGGUGAGCCCGUGGACCACUACGUCGUGGAGCGUAUGGACACGGAGACCGGCCGCUGGGUGCCCGUCACCACCUCCAAGACCCCCGAGGCUGACGUCACGGGCUUGAACGAGGGCAAGGACUACCUGUUCCGCGUCAAGGCCGUCAACGCCGAGGGUGAAUCCGAGCCUCUGGAAACCGACAUCCCCGUCACGGCCAAGAACCCGUACAACGAGCCGGACAGGCCGGGCAAGCCGGACGUCAAGGACUGGAGCAAGAACCACGCCGAGCUGCGCUGGGAGAAGCCCAAGAGCGACGGCGGCUCCCCUAUCACGUCCUACAUUGUGGAGAAGAAGGACCAGGGCAGCUCCAAGUGGACCAAGGCGGUGGAGAUCAUCGGCAACAAGCACGAGGCCACCGUGCCGGACCUCAUCGAGGGCCAGAAGUACCAGUUCCGCAUCCGCGCCGUCAACAAGGCGGGCGCCAGCAAGCCCAGCGAGCCGAGCGACACCAUCACCGCCAAGGACCGCUUCGCCCCGCCGAGGAUCGACCGCACCACGCUCAAGGACAUGCGUAUCAAGGCGGGCCAGCAGAUCCGCUUCGACGUCAAGAUCUCGGGCGAGCCGCCACCAACCAAGACCUGGUUCCACAACAAGGCGCGCAUCGAGUCCAAGGACGAGCUCACCAUCGAGUCGGAGGACUACAAGACGCGCCUGGUGGUGAGCGCGGCCAGCCGCAAGCACACCGGGCUGUACACCAUCAAGGCCGAGAAUAGCUCCGGCAAGGACGAGGUGUCCAUCGAGAUCACCGUGAUCGACAAGCCCGGCAAGCCCGAGGGGCCGCUCAAGAUCUCGGACAUCCACAAGGAGGGCUGCAAGCUCAAGUGGAACCCGCCGCAAGACGACGGCGGCGUCCCCAUCGACUACUACGCCGUGGAGAAGAUGGACACCGAGUCCGGCCGCUGGAUGUCCGCCGGCCGCGCCAAGGAGCCGUUCAUCGAGCUCAACAACCUGGAGCCUGGCCAGGAGUACAAGUUCCGCGUCAUGGCCGUCAACGCCGAGGGCGAGUCCGAGCCGCUGGAGGCGGACGAGGCCAUCGUCGCCAAGAAUCCGUUCGACGAGCCUGGCGCGCCGGGCACGCCGGAGGCCACGGACUGGGACCGCGACUUCGUGGAGCUCAAGUGGACCGCGCCCAACAAGGACGGCGGCUCGCCCAUCACGGGCUACGUCAUCGAGAAGCGCGAGAAGGGCAGCCCGCGGUGGGUGAAGGCCGCCGAGACGCGCGGCCCCGAGUGCAAGGGCAAGGUGGAGAACCUCGACGAGGGCACGCCCUACGAGUUCCGCGUGCGCGCCAUCAACGCCGCGGGCCCCGGCGAGGCCAGCGACGCCAGCAAGCCCAUCACCUGCAAGGCGCGCAAGGUGCCGCCCAGGAUCGACCGCAAGAACCUGCGCGACAUCACGGUGCGCGAGGGCGAGCCCUUCGUCUUCGACGUCAAGAUCACCGGCGAGCCCGCGCCCGACGUCGAGUGGAACGUCGGCACCAAGCGCGUCCACGAGACCACCGUGCGCAGGAUCGUCAACGUGCCCAACAACAGCAAGCUCUCGUUCGACAAGCCCGAGCGCAAGGACAGCGGCAUCUACAAGAUCACCGCCACCAACAAGUACGGCACGGACUCCGUCGAGGUGGAGGUCACCGUCGUGUCCAAGCCCAGCAAGCCCGAGGGCCCGCUCGAGGUGUCGGACAUCCACAAGGAGGGAUGCAAGCUCAAGUGGAAGCGGCCCAAGGACGACGGCGGCGAGCCCCUCGACGGCUACCUGGUCGAAAAGCUGGACCCGGAGAACGGCGUUUGGAUCCCCGUGGGCAAGUCCAAGGACCCCGAGAUGGUGGUGGACGGACUCACGCCCGGACACGAGUACAAGUUCCGCGUCAAGGCACUCAACAAGGAGGGCGAGUCCGAGCCCCUGGAGACCUACACGUCCAUCGUGGCCAAGGACCCCUACUCGACUCCGCAAGCCCCCGGCACUCCGGAGCCCGAGGACUGGGACCAGAACCACGUGGACCUGGUCUGGAAGGAGCCCAUCUCGGACGGCGGCACGCCCAUCACGGGCUACAUCAUCGAGAAGAAGGACAAGUACAGCGCGCUGUGGGAGAAGGCCCUGGAGACCGACACGCCCGACUGCAAGGGCACGGUCACGGGCCUGGUGGAGGGCAACGAGUACCAGUUCCGCGUCAUCGCGGUCAACAAGGCCGGCCCUGGCACGCCCAGCGACGCCAGCAAGACCUUCACCGCCAAGCCGCGGUUCCUGGCGCCUAAGAUCGACCGCCGCAACCUGCGCGACAUCACCAUCUCCGCGGGCUCCACGCUCAAGUUCGAUGCCAACGUCAGCGGCGAGCCGCCACCACACAUCGACUGGCGAUGCGCCUCGAACCCUCUCAAGAACAGCAAGAGGGUGACGGUCGACAACAUCGACUACAACACCAAGCUGGUGAUCCGGCCCGCGCGCCGCGAGGACUCGGGCGAGUUCACGGUCACCGCGACCAACUCGUCGGGCAAGGACAUGGUGGCCAUCAACGUGGUGGUGACCGACAAGCCGUCCGCCCCCGAGGGACCGCUCGAGAUCUCGGACGUGCACAACGAGGGCUGCAAGCUCAAGUGGAAGCGCCCGCUGGACGACGGCGGCACCCCGCUGGAGUACUACCAGGUCGACAAGAUGGACCCCGAGACCGGCUGCUGGGUACCUUGCGGCCGCAGCACCGAGCCUCACAUGGACGUUACGGGCCUGACUCCUGGCAAGGAGUACAAGUUCCGCGUCCGCGCCGUCAACGCCGAGGGCGAGGGCGAGCCCCUGGUGGCCGAGGAGAGCAUCAUCGCCAAGAACCCCUUCGACGAGCCCGGCGCGCCCGGCAACCUCAAGGCCACCGACUGGGACGUCGACCACGUGGACCUCAAGUGGACCCCGCCCGUCAACGACGGCGGCUCCCCGGUCACGGGCUACAUCAUCGAGAAGAAGGACAAGUACGGCCAGUGGGAGAAGGCGGUGGAGGUGCCGGCGGAGGAGCUGACGGCCACCGUGCCCGACCUCAUCGAGGGCCAGAAGUACGAGUUCCGCGUCCGCGCCGUCAACAAGGCGGGCCCCGGCGCGCCCAGCGACCCCACGCCGGCCAUCGUCGCCAAGCCGCGCAACCUGGCGCCCAAGAUCGACCGCACCAACCUGAUCGACAUCCGCAUCCGCGCGGGCCAGAACUACGUGUUCGACGUGAGGGUGUCCGGUGAGCCGAUGCCCGACACGCGCUGGCUGCUGCGCGCCAAGGAGGUGCGCUCCAGCGACAACGUCAAGGUCACGCACUCGGACUACAACACCAAGCUGAGCGUGCGCGGCGCCACGCGCGCCGACUCCGGCACCUUCAUCGUUACGGCCGAGAACAAGAACGGCAAGGACAUCGCCGAGGUGGAGGUGAUCGUGCUGGACAAGCCGUCCGCGCCCGAGGGGCCGCUCAAGGUGUCCGACAUCCACGACAAGGGCUGCACACUGGCCUGGAAGGCCCCCGAGGACGACGGCGGCAACCCCAUCGAGAAGUACGUCGUGGAGAAGAUGGACGAGGCGACCGGCAGGUGGGUGCCCGCCGGGGAGACCGACGGGCCCGCCACCACGCUCAAGGUGGACGGCCUCCAGCCCGGACACAAGUACAAGUUCAGGGUCCGCGCCGAGAACAAGCUGGGCAGGUCCGAGCCCCUCACCACGGACGCCGCCAUCGAGGCCAAGAACCCCUUCGACCCGGCCGGCAAACCAGGCACGCCCGAGAUCACCGACUUCGACAAGGACUUCGUCGAGCUGGCGUGGGACAGGCCCAGGAGCGACGGAGGCUCCCCGAUCACGGGCUACGUCAUCGAGAAGAAGGACAAGUUCAACCCCAACUGGGAGAAGUGCGCCGAGGUGGAGGGCGACGUCUGCUCGGGCAAGGUGCCCGGCCUGAUCGAGGGCACACCCUACGAGUUCCGCAUCCGCGCCGUCAACAAGGCCGGCCCCGGCGAGCCCAGCGACGCGUCCAAGACGCACGUCGCCCGCGCCAAGAACGUGCCGCCCAAGAUCGACCGCAAGGCCAUGGUCGACAUCAAGAUCCGCGCCGGCCUCAACUUCGACUUCGACGUGCACGUGGACGGCGAGCCGCCCGCCACCAAGGAGUGGAGCCUGCGCGACAACAUCCUGCUGCAGGGCGACCGCGUCAAGCUAACCAACGAGGACUACAACACUCGUCUGCGCAUCACGGACGCGCGUCGCACCGACAGCGGCGAGUACAAGCUGGUGGCCAAGAACAUCAACGGCAAGGACACGGCCACCGUGAACGUGACGGUGCUGGACGUGCCCACCGCGCCCGAGGGCCCGCUCAAGGACGCCGACGUCACCAAGAACAGCAUGAUGCUGUCGUGGCGCCCGCCCAGGGACGACGGCGGCUCCGAGAUCCUGCACUACAUCGUGGAGAAGAUGGACUCGGACAACCUGCGCUGGGUUCCGGUCGGCGAGACGCCCAUCCCGCAGAUCAAGGCGGACCACCUCAUCGAGAACCACAACUACAUGUUCAGGGUGCGCGCCGUCAACAGGCAGGGCGAGUCCGCGCCGCUCAUGGCCACCGAGCCCAUCACGGCCAAGGACCCCUUCGGCAAGCCCGAGAAGCCCGGCACGCCCGAGGUGGUGGACUGGGACAAGGACCACGUGGACCUGGAGUGGACCGCGCCCAAGCGGGACGGCGGCUCCCCCAUCACCGGCUACGUCAUCGAGAAGAGGUCCAAGUUCGGGCCGUGGGAGAAGGCCAUGGACGUGCCCGGCAACCAGACCAAGGCCACGGUGCCCGGCCUGGUGGAGGGCGAGGAGUACGAGUUCCGCGUCGUGGCCGUCAACAAGGGCGGCCCGGGCGAGCCCAGCGACGCCUCCAAGUCCGUCGUGGCCAAAGCACGAUUCACGCCGCCGACCAUCGACCGCGCCUUCCUGCAGGACCUGGUGGUCAAGGCGGGCGACCGCAUCAGCUUCGAGGUGCCGAUCGACGCGUCGCCGCGCCCCAAGGCGUCCUGGACCGUGGAGGGCAAGCCCGUGGGCACCCGCGCGGACAUGAUGACCACCAACACCAAGACCACCUUCGAGAUCCCCUUCUCGGCGCGCAGCGACACUGGCCGCUACGCCCUCACGCUCAAGAACGAGCUGGGCGAGGCCUCGGCGUCCGCCUACGUCACUGUGCUGGACAAGCCCGGCCCACCGCUGCCGCCGCUUGAAGUCAGCAAGGUGACCAAGGACAGCUGCCGCCUCAACUGGAAGCACCCGGCCGACGACGGCGGCUCCCCCAUCCUGCACUACGUGGUGGAGAAGAUGGACAUGUCGCGCGGCACCUGGGCCGACGCGGGCAUGGCUACCGGCCUGCAGCACGAGGUGCUGCGCCUCAUCCACAUGAAGGAGUACCUGUUCCGCGUGCGCGCCGUCAACAUCAUCGGCGAGUCCGAGCCGCUGGAGAUCACCAAGCCCAUCGUGGCCAAGAACGAAGUUGACGAGCCCGGCGCGCCCGGCAAGCCCAACAUCACGGACUGGGGCAAGGACCACGCCGACCUGGCCUGGGAGAAGCCCAAGACCGACGGCGGCGGCCCCAUCACGGGCUACAUCGUGCAGCGCCGCGAAAAGGGCAGCCCCUACUGGGUCAACGCCGUGCACGUGCCCGCCAAGCAGACCACCGCCACCGUGCCCGACCUCACCGAGGGCCAGGACUACGAGUUCCGCAUCAUCGCCACCAACGUGGCCGGCCAGUCCGAGCCCAGCGAGCCCUCGGACGUGGUCACCGCCAAGGACCGCUACCUGGCGCCCAAGAUCAAGACGCCGCUGCACGACAUCCGCAUCAAGGCGGGCACCAUCCUGCACGUGGACAUCGACUUCAUCGGCGAGCCCGCGCCCGAGGUGGUGUGGUCCGUGGCCGGCAAGGAGCUGCAGACGGACGCCAGGACCACCAUCACGUCCAUCGGCUACCACACCAUCGUCAACACGGUCAACGCCAAGCGCUCCGACAGCGGCCUGUACCACCUGCUGCUGCGCAACAGCUCCGGCAUCGACGAGGGCUCGUUCCAGGUCAUCGUCCUGGACAGGCCCGGCCCGCCCGAGGGGCCCCUCGAGUACGAGGAGAUCACGGCCCAGAGCGUGACCCUGUCGUGGAAGCCGCCCAAGGACAACGGAGGCAGCGAAAUCACCGCCUACGUGGUCGAGAAGCGCGACCUUACCCAUGGCGGAGGCUGGGUUCCUGUGACGUACGUCAACGCCAAGUACAACCACGCCACCGUGCCGCGCCUGCUGGAGGGCACCAAGUACGAGUUCCGCGUCAUGGCCGAGAACUUGCAGGGCCGCUCGGACCCGCUGCUCACCGACAAGCCCGUCGUGGCCAAGAACCAGUUCGGCGUGCCCGGCGCGCCAGGCCGCCCCGAGGCCGUGGACUCGGACAAGGACUUCAUCAAGAUCAAGUGGGCGCCGCCCAUCUCCAACGGCGGCUCGCCCAUCAUCGGCUACGACGUGGAGCGCCGCGACAAGAACACGGGCCGCUGGAUCAAGCUGAACAGCGACCCCGUCAAGGGCCAGGAGUACACCGACGACCGCGUGCACGACGGCAACCAGUACGAGUACCGCGUGUCGGCCGUCAACGCCGCCGGCCCCGGCAAGCCCAGCGAGGCGUCGCUCAUGAUCACGGCGCGGCCGAUGCGCGAGCGCCCCAAGCUGCACCUCGACGGCCUCAUCGGCCGCAAGAUCAAGGUGCGCGCCGGCGAGCCCAUCUGCGUCAACAUCCCGCUGUCGGGCGCGCCCACGCCCACCUGCGAAUGGACCAAGGACAGCACCAAGCUGCCCGCGCACGAGCGCAUCUGGACCGAGACCACCUCGGGCGAGACCAAGCUCCGCAUCGAGAAGACGACGCGCGACGACUCGGGUCGCUACGUCAUCACCGCCAAGAACGACUUCGGCAAGGACUCGGCCGACAUCGAGGUCACCGUCGUGGACCGGCCCGGCCCGCCCAAGGGACCCCUGCAGUACCCGAACAUCACGCAGGAGCAGAUCACCCUGGAGUGGCUGCCGCCCGAAGACAACGGCGGCAGCGAGCUCACCGGCUACGUCGUGGAGAUGUCCGAGUACGCCGUGGAGAACUGGCGCCAGGUGCCGGGCUUCUGCCCCAAGUGCACCUUCACCGUCAGGGGGCUCACCGAGGGCAAGAAGUACCAGUUCCGCGUGCGCGCCGAGAACAUGUACGGUGUGUCCGAGCCCCUGGACGGCAACCCAGUGGUGGCCAAGAGUCCGUUCGACCCACCAGACGCGCCCGGCCAGCCCACCGUGCUCGGCUACACUCCCACCAGCUGCAGCCUCAAGUGGACCCCACCGGCGUCCUCGGGCGGCAAGCCCGUCACCGGCUACUACGUGGAGAAGCGCGAGCGCGGCGCCGGCGACUGGGUCCGUUGCAACAACUACCCCACGCCCAACCUCACCUACACCGUGCCCGACCUGCGCGAGGGCAACCGCUACGAGUUCCGCGUCGUGGCCGUCAACGAGGCCGGCCCCGGCAAGCCCAGCAAGCCCACCGAGCCCAUCACGGCCGAGCACCAGCGAUUGGUGCCUGACGCGCCGGAGCCACCCAAGCCGGACCGCAUCACGAAGGACAGCGUGACGCUGUCUUGGCGGCCGCCCCGCAGCGAUGGCGGCUCCAAGAUCAAGGGCUACAUCGUGCAGAAGAAGCUCAAGGGCAAUCCGGACUGGGAGGACGUCAACAGCGUGCCCGUGCCGGAGACGACGUUCAAGGUGCCCAACCUCAAGGAGGGCGACGACUACCAGUUCCGCGUGAUAGCCGUCAACGACGUGGGCCGCUCCGAGCCGAGCAGGCCGUCGCCGAACAUCAUCAUCGAGGAGCAGGCCAACAAGCCCGUCAUGGACUUGGGCGGCGUGCGCGACAUCACCGUCCGCGCCGGCGACGACUUCAGCAUCCACGUGCCGUACGUGGGCUUCCCCAAGCCGUCGGCGUCCUGGUUCGCCAACGACACCAUCCUGGACUCGUCGGACCCUCGCAUCCACCAGCAGCUGGCCGACGACUACGCCAGCCUGGUGGUGAAGGGCGCCAAGCGCGGCGACACCGGCCAGUACCGGCUGCAGCUCAGGAACCCGUCCGGCUUCGACACCGCCACGCUCAACGUGCGCGUCCUGGACAGGCCCAGCCCGCCGGAGAACCUCCGCGCCGACGAGUUCGCCGGCGACGCGCUCACGCUGUACUGGAACCCGCCCAAGGACGACGGCGGCGCGCCCAUCAGCAACUACACCGUGGAGAGGCGCGAGAUCGGCACCGGCAACUGGGUCAAGGUCAGCAACUUCGUGGCCACCACGUUCGUGCGCGUCAAGAACCUCACCAUCAACAAGGACUACGAGCUGCGCGUGUACGCCGAGAACAAGUACGGUACCUCGGAUCCCGCCAGCACCGUGGAUCCCAUCCGCGCGCGCCAUCCCUUCGACGUGCCCGGCGCCCCCGGCGCGCCGCGUCGCCUGGACAGCUCCGAGGACUCCAUCACCAUCGCCUGGACCAAGCCGCGCCACGACGGCGGAUCCCCCAUCACGGGCUACGUCAUCGAGAAGAGGAUGAUGAGCGAGGACAAGUGGACCAAGGCCCUGCACUCGCACAUCCCCGACCUCAACCACAAGAUCAGCGGGCUGAUCGAGCACCGGGACUACGAGUUCCGCGUGGCGGCCAUCAACGCUGCCGGCCAGGGUCCGUGGAGCUCGUCCUCCGACCCCAUCUGCUGCCGCUCGCCGCCCUGCGCGCCUAAGAUCACCAGCGACCUGAGCAUCCGCGACAUGACCGUCAUCGCCGGCGAGGAGUUCACCAUCACGGUGCCCUUCACGGCCAGCCCCAGGCCCAAGCCCGUGUGGCUCGUCAACACGGAGGAGGUGUUCCAGGACGAGCGCAUCAAGUUCGACACCAACGACGUGCAGACCAUUUACACUAACAAGUGCGCCAAGCGCACCGACUCGGGCAGCUACACCAUCCAGCUGUACAACACCGAGGGCUCGGACUCCGCCACCUGCCGCGUCCUCGUCGUGGACAAACCCACGCCCCCGAUUGGUCCGCUGGACGUCAGCGACAUCACUCCAGACACCUGCACGCUGUCCUGGAAGCCGCCCGCAGACGACGGCGGCUCGCCCAUCACCAACUACGUGGUGGAGAAGCUGGAUCCGUUCAGCGGGUCGUGGGUGAAGGUGAGCAGCUUCGUCCGGGGCUGCCACUACAACGUGAUCGGCCUGGAGCCCAACAAGAAGUACAGCUUCCGCGUGCGCGCCGAGAACCAGUACGGCGUGUCGGAGCCGCUGAGCAUGGACGAGCCCAUCACGGCCAAGUUCCCGUUCACGGUGCCCGACCCGCCGGGCAUGCCGCGCGUCACGGACUGGGACGCCGCCGGCAACGUGAGCAUCACCUGGGACCGGCCCAGGAACGACGGAGGCGCGCGCAUCCAGGGCUACAAGGUGGAGUUCCGCGACCCGGCCGACGACUCGACCUGGCGCAUCGCCAACGACUACCUCGUCAAGGACAACAACUACACCGUGUACACGCUGCUGCCGGGCCACGAGUACGAGUUCCGCGUCAAGGCCAAGAACGCGGCCGGGCUCAGCAGGCCGUCGCAGAGCUCCGACAAGUUCAAGCUCAAGCCCAAGUUCGGCGUGCCGUCGGCGCCCGGCACCCCCACCGUCGUCAAGGUGGGCAAGAACUACGCGGACCUCAAGUGGGAGCCGCCCGCGUCGGACGGCGGCAGCCGCGUCACGGGCUACAUCAUCGAGAAGCGCGAGUUCGGCUCGGCCAUGUGGUUCAAGUGCAACGACUACAACGUGGCGGACUGCGAGUUCACCGCGCUCAACCUGGUCGAACAGGGCGACUACGAGUUCCGCGUCUACGCCGUCAACGCGGCGGGACGCUCCGAGCCCAGCGCCUGCACCACCCCCGUCAAGAUCUGCGAGGUGGUGGGCGGCGAGAAGCCCAUGUUCGUGCGCCCGCUGCAGAGCCAGGGCGUCGGCCUGGGCAAGACCAUCACGCUGGAGUGCGAGGCGGCCGGCAAGCCCGCGCCCACCGCGCGCUGGUUCAAGAACGGCCGCGAGCUGGUCACCGGCGGCGGGCGCUUCCGCAUGGAGGACAACAACAGCGGCACCUUCAAGCUCAUCCUGCACGACGUCAUGGACAUGGACUCCGGCGACUACACGUGCGAGGCGAGCAACCCGUGCGGCUCCGCCAGGACCACGUGCACGCUCAAGGUUGGAACACCUCCCAGGAUCGACCGCAUCCCCACCGACCUCAACCUCCCCGAGAAGGAGAACACCAAGAUCAAGGUGUUCUACUCGGGCGACCAGCCCAUGGACAUCACCCUCUCGUUCGGCGGCAAGCCCGUGUCGGACGGCGGCCGCGUCAAGCUCACCGUGUUCGACGAGUUCCUCAUCAUCUACAUCAAGGAGGUGGAGAAGUCGGACGCGGGCAUGUACACGCUCACAUGCAAGAACGACAGCGGCACGGCCAUCGGCCACUUCAACGUCAACAUCACCGGCCUGCCCGGCCCGCCGCUCGGCCCGCUGGACGUGUCCGACAUCAACAAGCACACGUGCACGCUGCACUGGCGGCCGCCCGCGUACGACGGCGGCCAGCGCGUGUCCCACUACCAGGUGGAGCGCAAGGAGGCCAACACGUCGCACUGGAUAAUCGUGUCCAGCUACUGCAAGGACACCACCUUCCAGUGCCAGGGCCUCAUCGAGGGCAACGAGUACCUGUUCAGGGUGAGCGCCGUCAACGAGAACGGCGCGGGACCGCCGCUGGAGGGCACCAACCCCAUCAAGGCCAAGGCGCCGUUCGACCCGCCGUCGCGACCCGGCGUCCCGACCGUCACGGAGGUGGGCGGCGACUUCGUCAACCUGGAGUGGGAGAAGCCCAUCCUGGACGGCGGCGCGCGCAUCCAGGGCUACUGGAUCGACAAGCGCGAGGUCGGCGGCUCGGCGUGGGUGCGCGUCAACCCACUCAUCUGCCAGCCCACGCAGAUCAACAUCAGCAACCUCAUCGAGGACCGGCAGUACGAGUUCCGAGUGUUCGCCCAGAACGAGGCAGGCCUCAGCGAACCCUCGAGCAACUCGAGCUCCAUCCGCAUCAAGGACCCCAAGGGCCCCACGCCGCCGGAGAUCGUCAAGCCGCUCAAGAACGCCAACUGCAUCCAGAACCACAACGCGCAGUUCACGUGCACCAUCACCGGCCACCCCAAGCCCAAGAUCACGUGGUACAAGGGCGCCAGGGAGAUCAUGAGCGGGUCGCGCCACCACAUCUACAGCGAGGGCGACGUGCACACGCUCAUCAUCAACGACGUGUACGGCGAGGACGAGGACGAGUACGUCUGCCGCGCCGUCAACAAGGCGGGCGUCAAGUCGACGCGCGCCGAGCUGGUCAUCAACAGCGCGCCGCGCAUCCACGUGCCGCCGCGCUUCAGGGACACGGCCUUCUUCGACAAGGGCGAGAACGUGGACAUCAAGAUCCCCUUCACAGGCAACCCCAAGCCCAGGAUCACGUGGUCCAGGGAGGGCGAGACCAUCGAGUCGGGCGGCCACUUCCACGUCGAGGUCAAGGAGAGGCACGCCGUGCUCACGAUCCGCGACGUCAGCAAGAUCGACAACGGGCCCUACACCAUCACCGCCGUCAACGACAUGGGCUCCGACACGGCCAUCAUCAAGGUCCAGAUCAGCGAUCGUCCCGAUCCGCCAUCGUUCCUGACGGUGGACAAGAUCGGCCACGACUCGCUGGCGCUGCAGUGGAACGCUCCAAACUGGGACGGCGGCUCCAACAUCACCAACUACUUGGUGGAGAAGCGCGAGCACCCCAUGAGCAGCUGGAUCCGCAUCGGCAGCACCAGGUUCACGGCCAUGGCCGUGACAGGCUUGGUGCCGGGCAAGGAGUACGAGUUCCGCGUGUACGCCGAGAACGUGUACGGCCGCAGCGACCCCAGCCCCGUGUCGGGCGUGGUCAAGACCAAGGGGCUGCCGCAGAAGGCGCCCAAGAAGCCCAAGUACGAGCUGGACGAGAACGGCAAGAAGAUCCGCGGCCGCAACGAGGGCAAGGUCACGGACUACGACAAGUACGUGUUCGACGUGUACUCCAAGUACGUGCCGCAGCCCGUGGAGAUCAAGAGCAACAGCGUGUACGACGAGUACGACAUCCUGGAGGAGAUCGGCACGGGCGCGUUCGGCGUGGUGCACCGGUGCCGCGAGCGCAAGACCGGCAACAUCUUCGCCGCCAAGUUCAUCCCCGUGACGCACGCCAUGGAGAAGGAACUCAUCAGGAAGGAGAUCGACAUCAUGAACCAGCUGCACCACAACAAGCUCAUCAACCUGCACGACGCGUUCGAGGAUGAUGACGAGAUGGUGCUCAUCUUCGAGUUCCUGUCUGGCGGCGAGCUGUUCGAGAGGAUCACGGCCGAGGGCUACUCCAUGUCGGAGGCGGAGGUCAUCAACUACAUGCGCCAGAUCUGCGAGGCGGUCAAACACAUGCACGAGAAGAACAUCAUUCACUUGGACAUCAAGCCCGAGAACAUCAUGUGCCAGACCCGCACCGGAACCAACGUCAAACUCAUCGACUUCGGCCUGGCCACCAAGCUGGACCCCAACGAGGUGGUCAAGAUCUCGACGGGCACGGCCGAGUUCGCGGCACCCGAGAUCGUCGAGAGGGAACCGGUCGGCUUCUACACGGACAUGUGGGCUGUCGGUGUCCUGGCUUACGUCCUGCUGAGCGGCCUGUCGCCGUUCGCGGGUGAGAACGACAUCGACACCCUGAAGAACGUCAAGGCUUGCGACUGGGACUUCGACGAGGAGGCAUUCGGCAGCGUCUCGGACGAGGGCAAGGACUUCAUCAAGAGGCUGCUGGUCAAGAUCAAGGAAAAGCGCAUGACCGCCCACGAGUGCCUGAUGCACCCCUGGCUCAAGGGCGACCACAGCGACCGCACCAAGCCCAUCGACGCGUCCCGCUACAACAAGAUCCGCGACAAGAUCCGCGCCAAGUACAGCAACUGGGACUCGUUCCUGCUGCCCAUCGGCAGGCUGUCCGAGUACAGCUCCCUCCGCAAGAUGCUCGUCGACAAGUACAAAAUCUACGACUCCUCCUUCGACCGGCGGCAAGCGGCGCCGCGCUUCGUCAUCAAGCCCCAGAGCGCGUUCGCGUACGAGGGCCAGAGCGUCAAGUUCACGUGCCGCGUGAUCGCCAUCGCCGCGCCCACACUGUCCUGGUACCGCAACAACGAGGAGCUCAAGCAGAGCGUCAAGUACAUGAAGCGCUACGCCGGCGACGACUACUCGUUCGUCAUCAACCGGUGCAAGCUGGACGACCGCGGCGAGUACAUCAUCCGCGCCGAGAACCACUACGGCUCCAGGGAGGAGGUGGUGUUCCUCAACGUGCAGCCACUGCCCAAGGUGGUGCCCGAGUACAAACCCGAGUCGGCGCCGGUGCGGCGGCGCGAACCCGCGCCCACGUACUGGGUGGAGGAGAAGGAGACGGGGCCCAGCUUCACCUUCCUGCUGCGGCCGCGUGUCAUGCAGAGCCGAGACACGUGCAAGCUGCUGUGCUGCGUGAGCGGCAAGCCGCCACCGACCAUCAAGUGGUACAAGGAGAAGAAGGAGCUGUCCAAGUACGAGUACACCAUGUCGCACUCGGACGGCGUCGUCAGCAUGGAGAUCGUGGACUGCAAGCCCUCGGACUCGGGCAAAUACCGAUGCGUCGCCACCAACAAGCACGGCUCGGACGAGACCUCCUGCGUCGUCAUAGUUGAAAGCCCCGGAUCAAAUGACCCCGAGCGCGAAAUCAUGGCUAGGAACAUUCUGCACUCUGGAGAGAGGAGGUUCAUCGAACAGCCUCUGAGACCAGCGCCCCUGGAGGUGACAAUUCGCACCAACAUCCAGGGCGACAACGUCACCACACAGACCACCUCACACAACCCGUCGUCUGUCGGGAACACAACGAUGCCCGGAGUACAGGACAAAACAACGACCACAAGGACCACUAAGAAAUACGGAUCUAAACUAGACACUACAGGUAGCCCGUCAAGAUCGCGCAGUGCGACAAAAGAACUGAUCCUGCCCCCCGACGACUCCCUGAUGUGCCCGCCUACCUUCACCACCAAACUGCAAGACCGAACAGUCAACGACGGCGAACCCUUGACCAUCAAUUGCGCCAUCAAGGGUGACCCCGACCCACAGGUGUCAUGGCUCAAGAACGGCCAGCCCCUGAGCUCGUCAGAAGCACUGGACCUCAAGUACAAGGGCGGCAUCGCCACCCUGGCCAUCAACGAGGUGUUCCCAGAGGACGAGGGCCAGUACACUUGUAAGGCCACCAACGCCAUGGGCACGGCGGAGACCACCUGCAAGCUCACAGUCAAGCCCAUGGCACCCGGCAGCAAGAGCGGCUCCAAGUCGGACGACAAGGCGCCCAAGAUCGUGGACCACCUCAGCUCGCAGUUCGUGGAGGACGGCAAGCCCGUGGUGCUCUCGUGCAGAAUCAUCGGCGCCAAGAAGUUCGACGUGAUCUGGCUCCACAACAACAAGGAGAUCAAAUCGUCCAAGGACUUCGAGUACACCAACGAGGCCAACAUUUACAAGCUCAACAUUGCCGAGAUCUUCCCCGAGGAUUCGGGCACGUACACCUGCGAGGCGUUCAACGACGCCGGCGAGUCGUUCAGCAGCUGCACGCUCAACGUGGUGGUGCCCAACGAGGAGAAGAAGAACCCCGUGUUCAAAACAUUCCCGCAGUCCACGACAGUGACGGAGGGAGAGGCUGCCACAUUCACCUGUGACUUUGAGAAGGCACCCCAGAAAGUAACGUGGCUCAAGGACGGAAACCCAGUAGACGAAGCUAGCCCCUUGUACACUUUCGAAUCCGACGGCAAGAAGAAGUACAAGUUCUCCAUCAAGAAGUGCUCAAGCACAGAUGUCGGCCAGUAUGUCGCAAAGGCAGCUGGAAAGAAGGCUGAGACCAUGGCUGCAUUCGCCCUGAAUGUAGUUGCUCCUGGUGAACUAUGAACAAACGCUGCCCUGGGAGGAGCCUAUUUAAAAAAUGCACUCUGACCAUGGGCAAACAACACGCAAGCAAUGAGUGAAGUGGACUGAAUGGAAAUGAACUGUAGUACUAUGUGUGUGUGUGUGUGUAUGUGUAAAUAAUAUAUUUAUAUAAUUUAAUUUGCAAAUGACGGCGUGCUUUGCAAAAUAAUGGUGGACCACAAACAAAUUGCUCACAUCGCCGCCAGUAAUCAGCUCCAGGGGAGGAUGUCCUGCGAAUAGCCAGCCAGCCAGCGUCACUACCAUCUCUAUUCGCUUGAUGACCACUCCCUAGGGCCGAUUCUGGCCUGCGAACAAUCAUGGUCUUUCAUCGCCUCAAAUCGCCUCAAUUUCGCUUCGCACGCCAACCUCAUGAUGCCCAAGCACUCGUGUUGUUUGCCCCAGAGGACCUAUCCGCUCAUUCUUUUCAAUUUACGAAUAAGAGAAGUGAAAAUAAUUUGUUCGAAUCACAUGCCACUUUACAAAAAAUAUAUAUGUAUGUGCUAUAACUCCGAAUUUUAUAUUUCAUAGAGAUGAUACUUUUUAAAGCGUGUUCCACAGCAUGCUAGCAAAGCGCUUUUAUUGAGCGCGUGCAAUAAUGUAUUAAUUUGCCCUUUAAUUUUUUAAGCAACUAAAUGCUGAAUUCUUUUGUGUAACAAUUGUUUCCCAAUGUAUCAAAUUUCAAUCAUUGUCUCUAUAUCAAAACAUGCCCUCUUUUAAUGUUAUUGCGCAUCAUCAGACCUGGAGAAUUCAUUUUUGCUUUAUUUUUUUGUUCCAUUAAUGACUUCUUCAGAAGUGGCUGACAUUUUAUUUUAUGUUUCUGUGGAAUGAAUAAAUUGAAUCUUGUCUUAUA